AUGAAUAAUAUGAAUAUUAUAGUUCAAUGUUCAAUUUUAAUUUUUUUAUUUGAUUUAACAUCAACAAAUCAAGAUGUUGUUACAUGUAGUUCUACAUUUAAAUUAAUAAAUCAACAAUCCGGUGAUAGACUUCAUUCUCAUGAUGUUAAAUAUGGUUCUGGUAGUGGACAACAAUCUGUUACUGGUACACCUAAUGCAGAUGAUGUGAAUAGUUAUUGGCAAGUUCAGGGAGAGAAUUGUGACCGAGGAACACCAAUUAAAUGUGAUAGUAUCAUACGAUUAUUUCAUGUAACUACAAGAAGAAAUUUACAUAGUCAUGAUUUUGCAUCACCAUUAUCACAUAAUCAAGAAGUUUCAGCUUAUGGUGAAGAUGGACUUGAUAAUGAAGGUGAUAAAUGGAAAGUUAUUUGUACUAGUAGAAAUGAUUAUUGGUCGAGAAAAGAUGGUAUCAGAUUACAACAUAUUGUUACGGGAAAAUAUCUUCAUUUAACUGGUGAUACAUAUGGUCGACCAAUUCAUGGUCAAAAAGAGAUUUGUUGCUAUCCAUAUACCAAUAAUCAAAAUAUUUGGAAAGUUGAUGCUGGUGUUUAUAUUCGUCCAUCAUUCGAACCAUUAUCAUCAAUUCGAGAUGAUCAAUUUAAUAUACAUUCACAAUCAAUACAUACUGAUCAUGUUGAUUAUGAACUUUAA